AUGGAAGAUGUCCUUUGUCAGGUUAAACCAAAAUCUGCCAUUGUGCAGACGCGUUACAAGGUUAGAAAACCACCCAAGGUGUUUGCCUUUGAUCACUGCUUCUGGUCCAUGGAUGAAUCAAACACCACAAAAUAUGCAGGUCAAGAAGUGGUGUUCAAGUGCCUUGGAGAAGGAAUUCUCGAAAAGGCCUUUCAGGGAUAUAACGCUUGUAUUUUUGCCUAUGGACAGACAGGUUCAGGAAAAUCCUUUUCAAUGAUGGGCAAUGCAGAGCAGCUGGGUCUGAUCCCACGGCUCUGUUGUGCUUUAUUUCAGAGAAUCUCUGUGGAAGAAAAUGAAUCUCAUACUUUUAAAGUUGAAGUGUCCUAUAUGGAAAUCUACAAUGAGAAAGUCAGAGAUCUGCUUGACCCGAAAGGGAGUCGACAGUCCCUUAAGGUUCGAGAGCACAAAGUGUUGGGACCAUAUGUAGAUGGCCUGUCUCAGCUGGCUGUUACAAACUUUGAGGAUAUUGAGUCACUGAUGUCGGAGGGAAACAAAUCACGAACAGUUGCUGCAACCAACAUGAAUGAAGAAAGCAGCCGCUCUCAUGCUGUAUUCAAUAUUAUAGUGACUCAGACGCUUUAUGACCUGCAUUCUGGUAAUUCUGGAGAGAAGGUCAGCAAGGUCAGCCUGGUGGAUUUGGCUGGGAGUGAGAGAGUGUCCAAAACGGGAGCUGCAGGAGAACGUCUGAAGGAAGGCAGCAACAUAAACAAAUCACUUUCAACGCUGGGCUUGGUUAUAUCAUCACUCGCUGACCAAGCAGCAGGGAAGGGGAAAAACAAGUUUGUGCCUUACAGAGACUCUGUACUCACUUGGCUUCUCAAGGACAACUUGGGAGGAAACAGCCAAACUGCCAUGAUAGCCACAAUUAGUCCAGCAGCAGACAACUAUGAAGAAACACUCUCUACUCUGAGAUACGCAGACAGAGCCAAAAGGAUAGUUAAUCAUGCUGUGGUGAAUGAAGAUCCAAAUGCUAGGGUCAUCAGAGAAUUACGUGAAGAAGUUGAAAAACUGAAAGAACAGCUCUCGCAAGCUGAGGCCAUGAAGGCACCAGAACUGAAGGAAAAAUUGGAAGAAUCUGAAAAACUGAUAAAAGAGCUAACAGUCACCUGGGAGGAAAAGCUAAGGAAAACAGAAGAAAUUGCACAGGAGAGGCAAAGACAGCUAGAGAGCAUGGGAAUUUCCCUUGAGUCUUCAGGUAUCAAGGUUGGGGAUGACAAGUGUUACCUGGUGAACCUGAAUGCAGACCCUGCACUAAAUGAGCUUUUGGUUUACUAUUUAAAGGAUCACACAAGAGUUGGUGCAGAUACCUCUCAGGAUAUACAGCUCUUUGGUAUAGGAAUUCAACCAGAACACUGUGAGAUUGAUAUUGCUUUAGGUGGAGAAGUUACACUCACACCGAAAGAAAAUGCAAGAUCCUGUGUAAACGGUGCACUGGUAUGUUCUGUCACUCAGUUAUGGCAUGGAGACAGAAUAUUAUGGGGAAACAACCACUUUUUUAGAAUCAAUUUACCAAAGAGGAAACGACGGGAUUGGCUGAAAGACCUUGAAAAAGAAACUUCGUUAGGAGAGCAUGAUCUCGAUGCAGCUAGUGAAGCUUCUUCAGAACCAGACUACAACUAUGAGUUUGCACAAAUGGAAGUUAUUAUGAAGACACUGAAUAGUAAUGACCCAGUACAAAAUGUGGUCCAGAUCUUGGAGAAACAGUACUUGGAAGAGAAACGGAGUGCUCUUGAGGAGCAGCGGCUGAUGUAUGAACGUGAGUUAGAGCUGUUGCGGCAGCAGCUCUCUCCAGAAAGGCAGCAUCAGCAUGGCAGCGACAGACUCUCCUACACUAGUCAGACUGCACAGCAGAAAGUAAAUCUCUGGACAGAAGAGAGGGAUGAAUUGUUUCGACAGAGCCUGGCUAAACUUCGGGAACAGAUAGUAAAGGCAAAUACACUGGUGAGAGAAGCAAACUUCUUAGCAGAAGAAAUGAGUAAGCUAACAGAUUAUCAAGUAACACUUCAAAUCCCUGCUGAAAACCUCAGUGCCAACAAAAAGAGGGGUGCAAUAGUAAGUGAGCCUGCUAUUCAAGUGAGAAGAAAAGGAAAAGGUACUCAAGUGUGGACUAUUGAGAAACUAGAGAACAAAUUGAUUGACAUGAGAGACCUCUAUCAAGAAUGGAAGGAGAAAAUUCCUGAGGUAAGGAAGCUCAUUGGCAGAAGAGGCGAUCCUUUUUAUGAAGCGCAAGAGAAUCACAAUUUAAUUGGCGUCGCAAACGUGUUUUUGGAGUGCCUUUUCUAUGAUGUUAAGCUGCAGUACGCUGUGCCCAUCAUCAGCCAGCAGGGGGAGGUUGCAGGACGGUUGCAUGUUGAAGUAAUGCGAGUCACUGGGUCUGUCCCAGAACGUGUAGUAGAAGGAGAUGACUCAUCUGAGAACUCCAGUGAGAGUGGGAGUCUGGAAGUCAUGGAUAACAAUGGAGAAAUUAUUCAUAGAGCAAAAAAGCUGUCCUGCAGGGUAAAAAUAAAAGAAGCAACUGGACUGCCACCUAAUCUCUCCAACUUUGUCUUUUGUCAAUAUACAUUUUGGGAUCAAUGCGAAUCAAUAGCGGCACCAGUGGUAGAUCCAGAUGUGCCUUCACCUCAGAGCAAGGAUGCUCAUUUUACAGUGACCUUCUCUCACUGUAAGGACUACAUGGUGAACGUCACAGAGGAGUUUUUGGAGUUCAUUUCAGAAGGAGCUCUUGCUAUUGAGGUGUGGGGUCACAGAUGUAGUGGCAAUGGCAGUUCUGUUUGGGAAGUUGAUUCUCUUCAUGCUAAAACUAGGACACUGAGAGACAGGUGGAAUGAAGUAACUCGAAGAAUAGAAAUGUGGAUUUCCAUACAAGAAUUGAAUGAGAUGGGAGAAUAUACUGCAGUUGAACUCCAUCAGGCAAAAGAUGUAAACACAGGGGGGAUUUUCCAGCUUAGGCAGGGUCAUUCUCGCAGAGUUCAGGUGACAGUGAAACCUGUACAACACUCGGGAACAUUGCCUCUCAUGGUAGAAGCAAUUCUUUCAGUCUCUGUAGGUGGUGUGACUGCCAGAUCAACCAAACUACAAAGGGGCUUGGACAGCUACCAGAAGGAGGAGGAUGAUGGUGGUGAUAUGGAUAGUUACCAGGAAGAAGAUUUAAACUGUGUGCGAGAAAGGUGGUCUGAUGCAUUGAUAAAACGCAGAGAAUACUUGGAUGAGCAGAUUCAAAAGAUCAGCAAUAAACAAGAAAAAUCUGAGGAUGAUAUAGAACGAGAAGCCCGGCUGGUUGAGCAAUGGGUAGGGCUGACAGAAGAGAGGAAUGCAGUGUUUGUUCCAGCACCAGGCAGCGGAAUUCCCGGUGCCCCUGCAAAUUGGAUUCCACCUGCAGGAAUGGAAACUCAUAUACCUGUCCUCUUCCUUGAUUUGAAUGCUGAUGACCUCAGUGCCAAUGAACAACUUAUAGGUCCCCAUGCAUCAGGAGUUAACUCAAUACUACCAAAGGAGCAUGGGAGUCCAUUCUUUUAUCUGCCGAUCAUAAAACACAGUGACGAUGAGGUUUCAGCCACUGCUGCUUGGGACUCUUCUGUCCAUGAUUCAGUGCACCUGAACAGGGUGACUCCUCCAAAUGAGAGAAUUUACUUAAUAGUGAAGACUACUGUGCAGCUCAGCCAUCCUGCUGCAAUGGAACUGGUAUUACGCAAAAGGAUUGCAGCCAAUAUUUAUAACAAGCAGAGUUUUACCCAGAGCCUGAAAAGGAGAAUAUCCUUGAAAAAUAUAUACUAUGCCUGUGGAGUGACCUAUGAAAUAGUAUCCAAUAUACCAAAGGCUACAGAAGAAAUUGAGGAUCGCGAGACCUUAGCGCUGAUGGCUGCAAGGAGUGAGAAUGAGGGCACAUCUGAUGGCGAAACGUACAUUGAAAAAUACACACGUGGUGUGCUGCAAGUGGAGAACAUUUUGAGCCUUGAACGACUAAGACAGGCAGUCACAGUCAAAGAGGCACUCUCCACCAAAGCGAGAAACAUCCGCAGGAGCAUCAGCACUCCAAAUGUCCACAAUGUGUCCUGUAGCCGACUAGAUCUUUCUGCCUGUGAUGAUGAUGAUAAGGGUUGGUCGGAAAGUCACCUAGAUAUAUCUGACUGUUCUUCCAGUUAUCAAGAUGUAUCAUGCUAUGGUACUUUACCCAGGGAGUCACCUCGCAAGAGCAAAGAUGGCAGUGGUGUUGCAUCAGAGAAUUCCCAUGCUUUAAUGGCCAGCCCUUUUAAAGCAUUUUCUCCUCAGCCACCAAAGUUUUUCAAACCCUUAAUGCCAGUGAAAGAGGAGCAUAAAAGGAAGACCCCACUUGAAAGCCGACCUCUGCUUAGUCAAGAGAGCAUGCCUUCAUCUCAGGUGCACUGCGCUGGCUGUGCUGUGCCUCCAGGAAGUAAAGCCAGCCGCGUGCCCCUAGAAAGCAGUAGCGUACGUGAGGAAAAGAUU